AACAGUCAGUGGUGGGACUGACUGAGGCAAAGGAGGGAGGAUAAAGCAGGGAUAGAGACAGAAAGGAGAAGAGAAAAACAGAUCAUUAUACAGCAAACGAGUGAGAGGCCGCUGAAUGAAUAACAAGGACGGGAUUACAAAGCCUGAAAAAGAAGGAGAGAACACCGGCUGAAGACUCUCUCUAUCUCUUCCUCUCACUCCCUUCCCCCUUCUCUCUAUACUCCCUGUCACCCAACUCUCUCCCCCUCCCAGGCAAGAAGGCAUGAGCACACUGUCACCCAUCAUUCUCAGCUUGUGGAGCCUUUUGUCCUUCUCUUUUUCUGAACUCUCCAUCUCUUUUGCUCCACACGGGGGUCAAUCCAGAGGGUGAAGAGGAGGAGAGGGGAGGUAGACAGGAGCUGGCCUCUACUCUCCUCCCUCCACACACCCGCAGGGCCCAGAAAAAGAGAGCGAGCUGGUGCAGGAGAAGGGAGCCGUCUGAUGACUUUAAACCCCCAACAAGCUCCUGAGCCCGGACAACCACAGCGCAGAGCCCUCCCCUCCUCCCACCCUGCCUCCCUUAUCCCAGACACUUCUCUGAGUUGGUCAAGGAUUCAUCCAGGACCAUGUUUGGAUUAAAGGCUCCUCACUUCUACCAUCCAGGUAUGAACCAUGAGUCCAAUAAAUCACCAUCAUUAGGAAUGAUCUCCACGGCAUCGCGCACCACGGCUACUGUCAGUCCCCUUAGCCCUCUAACCAAUGGGAACACAGCUGCCCAGUCUGCAAACUCCGGAUUCGCUGCUGCCCUGCGUAAACUGGCCAAACAAGCAGAGGAUCCCAGAGGUGCUGCUCUCAGCUGUGACUCAUCCCCUGUCUCUUCUCCGGCCACCAGCCAUACCUCACCAGUCACCACCCCUAAGCGGGGCUCAUUAGGCCCCCUCCUGGGCCAGACCAGGGGCCACGGUGUCCCCAGCACCCCUCCCGUAGUCACUAUUGCCCCCACGAAGACCAGCAACGGCUUGUGGCGGGCUGACGGACGACAGGUUGAGCCAAGCAUUCAGAGUCUCAACAGGGAGCGAGUGGGUGCUGAAAUCAACCAGCCACAGCAGGGUAAAAGGACUCCACCCACCCCUUCACCUCACCCUCUGGCUCACCCAUUUGGCCUCACCCCUAGCACCGUCAUGCAAGAUCCCAGACUGCAGAGCCUGAGUUUACCAGGACAGAUUCACCCCGUUGUUCCCUCGGGUGCAGUCCCAGAAGAGUACUUGAGAGCGCUGCGGCCCUUUGCCACCUCAGAUGACCUCCGGCUGUCCUCCUUACCCCUGAGUUUAGACCCUGCUGCUGCUGCCCAUGCUGCCGCUGCUGCUGCUUACUAUCACCCCGCCUACCUGCACCACCCACUGUCUUUGCCAAGGAUGGAGGAGUCUCUGUGUCUUUCUGCGCUGCGGUCACAGUUCUACUCUGUGCCGGCAGGGGGCGCCUUCCCUCCUCUCCACCCCUCUGCCCUCCACCUGCACCUGCCUGGAGGCCGCUACCCGGGAGAACUGAACCACACAGCACUGGCUGAGAGGCUACAGAUGGAGAAUGAGCUCCGCCAGCGAGAGAGACAGCAAGAGCGCGAACGAGAGAAAGAAAGGGAGCGAGAGGCAGGGCUGGAACGAGAGCGGGAGGAGGAGAGGGGGAGAGAGCGGGAGAGGGAGCUGGACAGACAGAAGGAGAGACAGAGGGAGAGACAGCAGCAGAUGGUCCGAGCGGCAGAAAGCCACUACCUGGCUGAGCUGCAGGCUCGGAGGGCACCACCAGAGGACAGGGCCCAACCAGGGGAGCGACUGACCCCGAACAGACUGGAUAAGUCCAAGGAGUCAGAGCGCUCUGGUUUCCCGGCACCCAAACCUCUGUCCCUGCAGCCCGGCCUUCACUCCUCCAGGGGCUCUAUCCCUCACCCCGUGCCCAACCUGGUACCCUCUCACCUGGGGAAGCAUGAACCUGCAGCUGCUGGAGCGAUCCAUGGAGCUCUGACGGCUGCCAUGAUGACUCAGAGGGCCAACGAGGCGGCGUGGUUAACAAGGCAACGGGGGCUAGAGAGGGAGGGUCCAUUUGAGAUGGGUCUCAGGUCACCGGGGAAAGGAGUAGAGCCAAGGAGAGAUGCCCACAGAACCAGCUCAGUUCACCACAACCCAGGCAGCAAAGACGUGCCCCCCCUCCUCGGUGCACCUCCUCCCUUAAUCUCCCCUAAAGGACCCCAUCACCAUGCCCCUCGGACUACACUGUGGAACCCCGCCUCUUUCGUAGACACUCCUGCGGAUUCCCUCAGAAAACUCAACCCUCCGACCCCGCCAAGUCGGCCUCCUCCAGAACUGACCAGAGCAGAGAGACCCAUCCUGAGCUGUGGGGAGAAGCUAGAAGAAGGAAGUGGGAGGGGGGCGGAGGGCACAGACAGGUUCGCCUCACUGAGAGGAGCUAGUUUACAAGAACCUGGCUCCUGGAGCAAGGCGCAGCAGAACAGAGCCAUCCAGAGCCUCUAUCAGCGGCAUCACAUCAAUAAUCUCCACCAGCGAGCAUGCGUGACUCCUUCAGUUGGUUCCUGCACUGGCUGGGAGGCCUCUCCGUCUCCAGUGAGAGAGAAACAGAGUCAGCUGCCCGACAGCAUGAUGGUGUACGAUGAGAUCCUCCAGCAGCACCGCCGCCUGCUCAGCAAACUCGACCUGGAGGAGAAGAGGAGGAGGGAGGCCAGAGAGGGAGGUUAUUACUAUGACCUUGAUGAGUCAUAUGAUGAGAGUGAUGAAGAGGAGGUCAAAACUCAUUUGAGGAGAGUCACAGAGCAGCCACCGCUCAAACUGGACACAAGCUCACAGAAAUUGGAUUUCCUGCGUGUGUGUGGUCUGACCACACUCGAGCACCGCGAUGAGCUUCUGGCCCGGAAGAGGAGAAAAAGGAGGAGGAUGAUGAGGGAGCGAAGCGUCUCUCCACCUCCAAGGAAAGCCUCUUCGCCUAUAACACCUUCAGCUCCCUUAACUACCCCAUACUCUGCAGAGCAAAUGGACAGGACCCCUGAACUGGAGGAGAAGAAGGACUUUCUCCUCAUGUUUGACCUCUCCCAUGUCAGCCCACAGCAGAGGAAAGAUAAGGAGCGGACAGAGGAGCUGCUGAAGGCCAUUCAGAGGAAAACUGUGACGUUAGACACUCUCAGAUAUAAUCCUCUACCUCUGUGUAGCAGUCCUCCUGCCCCAUCAGCUGGUGACUCUUCCUCAGCCAUUCUGCUAUGUCAAUCAAACGGUCAUCAAUACCCGGACUCUCCCAGUCCGUCUCCUCCAUACCAUCACAAACCUCGGCAUCUAAUCCAUAACGACUCAUUCAAGCCCUCCGUGGACAACAACAUUACUCGCAUCCCUCCCCCAUUGAGCCUUCAUCAGAAAAAGGCUGAAUUCCCUGAAAUUCAGCCACAAAAGAAGCUCCAGGUUUUCCAGAACGGAGUCGGUGUUUCUCCUCAGAAAAAGGAGCUCAAUCCUGUGCAGAACGGUCGGAGUCGGCCCUCUGAGAGGUUCACACCUGAGACCUUUGCUCAGCACUUCCACCAGGCCGUGCUGCAGUCUACUCACAGCACACUGCAAAACAAAGGGUUUUCAAACAGCUUUCCUGAGGCCGGCAUGAAGGCAGACCACUCGCUGCCUCUCAAUGCCUCUCAGCUGAAAAACUCAAAUCAUAACCACACACCUCACCAAGCACAAAUCAACGGCCAUCACCUCAAUUUCCCUGCAGCCAGUAGGGAUCCUACACAUGCAAAUGUGCUCAAUGACAAUGAGGAGGAGGAGUCUGACCAGGAGGAGGAAGAGGCUGAGGAGGAGAUGGAAGAAGCUCCAAGGAAGUGGCAGGGUAUCGAAGCUAUUUUUGAAGCCUACCAGGAGUAUGUUGAUGAAUGGAGCAUAGAGAAGCAGGUUCUUCACAGUCAACGUAAAAGACUUGAAGCACAAAAUUAUAGUCUCACUAGAACUGCAGAGCAGCUCUCUCUCACCAUGGGGGAUCUGGCAAGUCAGAGGCAGAGAGUGAGAGAGGAGAGAGAGAGACUGCAAGCCCAGCUUGAGCACUUCAGGAGGUGUCUGACACUACCCAACAUUCACUGGGGCAGGGGGCAGGUCAACGGGCACACACCUAGGUGACCUUUAAUGCUGACUCUUUGACAGAUCUGCCUCUGAACAGGAACAAGACAAGACUGGAGCCAGACCACUGUCUGCACCUGAAGCACUUGAAGGAGCUGAUCCUCAUCUUGUGACACCUCUGACUGACAGGUUAUGUUACCUGACUGGUUCCAGAUUCAACAAAUUAGCUGCCAUGUUAGCUACAGCAACGCUAACCUAUGGUCAACUUAAAGUCUGGGCAUUCUCUCUCAUUCUGCCCAGAGAUUGUUACAACACUGUGUAGGUAAAAGAGCAUCUUUGUCAGACUAUCGCUAACCUCUCCUGUUUGUCCCAGAGAUGGCUUUAAGGUCAUUUAUCAACCCUUGAAUAAACUCUACUCAUCCAAACUAAUGACUGUAUCUAAAGAUGGACAGCACAUUCCUGUUUCCUCUUACUGUACAAAAAAAGGGCCAAAAUUACCCUUAUGACAGAAGCUGACAUAAUGUGAUAUCAUUUGGAGCAAGAAAGCACAGUAGAGAAACACUAGUGGCCCCACAGUGAUGUCCCACCCUAUCCAAUACACAAUUUCAAAUUUUAUGAUAAAAGAGUAAAGAUCCCUCAGGUUGGUACGGUCCACAGCCGAUCUGAAUUGUCAGUCAUUUUUUCGACAGACACUCAGAUUUUUAUAAAGUUAAGAACCUCCUGUGCAAAUUACUGUGUAGAGCUGCAUUAAUGAUAUUUUAAGCCAUCAUAUCAUCAAAACAAUUCAUGUUUACUGUGUAUCCCAGGAUGGCAGCAGAAAAAAAUAGAUAUUAAUUUAAACUGAACAUUUUGGUAAGUUACCAAACCAACCAACAAAGGGGAUUAAAAAUUACUUGCUCAUCAGCGAUAGAGUAAGGAGGAACAGAUUUUCUUCAAGCAAAAAGCCAAGGUAUUUAUAAGUUUGAACACAUUCAAUUGCGUCAUUGUUUAAGGUAAAAAUCUCAGCACUACCUUCAACUUGUGACUUAGACCUUGAGAAGUGCAUCAUUUUGGUGUUGUUGGUACUAAGUACAAAUCUUAAGUCACAGAGGUUUCUCUUGACAACAGUUAAGGCGGCCUAUAUUUUAUUUGUUGCAUUUUCUAAUGAAGACGAUGAUGCAUACAGUAAAUCACUGUAUCAUCUGCAUUGAAAAUUAAACUUUGCAUCAGUAGCCUUAAUACACAACUUAUCUAUAUAGAUAAUAAAUAAAAUUAUUGCCAAAACUGAGAGAGUUUGGAAAUUGGUCGAUAGUUACUUGAGGGAUCACCGGCUUUUUAACUGGAAUGACAAAAGCAGCUUCCCAAAUCUUGAUAUUACACCAUUUUCCAUUGUCAGCUUGCAAAUAUAUGUCAAAUGAUCUGCAUCAAAUGGGAUUUAGAAGUCGGUAUACCAAAUGGAGGCAAUAAAAGUAUACCUGCAUAUACCCUGCACUACACUGGUGGUUACAGAGCACGGGUGCACUAUUUCAUUUUGUUUAAUUAGAAAGGUUUGUACCCAGAAAUCUACAGUAGUGGAGAAUCUUUUCCCCAACAAAAUUUGGACAGUUUUAUGUAUUUUUGGUCAUUAAUGCUCUGUUAUGGGAAAUGAAUGUCAAAAAUCUCAUUCUAAAAGUAUAUUAUAAAAGCACUGUAUAUACUGGUGUUAGUCAUCAUUUGCUAAUUAAUGUUCCCUAAUGACAGGAUUACUGUGAGCUGUCACUGUCAGUGUUCCAGGGCUGUAAUAUCAUCAAAGGCGGUCAUGUUUUGCUCAAGUUGACAAUACUUUAUUUAGAGGAAUCUGUUCAGUACUGUCUAUUAUAACCUACAGUGACCCCUGACCAUCCAAUAGCUUAAUUUGCUGUUUUCUCCUCUCUAGCUUUCCUUUCUCUGAUGGGAUUUUGUAGAAGCACAGCCUGGGCUUGUUUUAUUGAAGUAUGGCUCAUCCAACUGAAGAAGAGUCAUUCAUUUAAUAUGAAUUGAAAUUAAACUGGUUAAAGCACUCACAGGUUACAACAGACCAUUAACUUCUCUGUUGUAAAACCUCCAAAUAUUUUGGCUUCACUUUUGGGGAGCUGUUGUUUGUCCAUCUUUUUAUACACACAAUGAUCCAAACUAAAAACAUGUAUCACUUGGUUCAAAUCUGUAGCCUCUGUGGACAGCAGUGAGCAGAGAUGAAGCAUGCAGCAGGAACACUCAGAAAAUAGAAAUUGAGUCAAUGAAUCAAAGCACACCUCAGGCCUUAAACUUGGUAGGAUGCACUUGAAAUGCUUUGGAGGAAAUACUUGACUGUCAACUGUGUUGUUGUAUAAUGUUGUAGUGUUUUCUGAGCGCUGUAUCACAGAUGAAACAGCAGGAAAAGAAAAACAUAGAGGAUGUUAUCUAUUUAAUUGCAGUAUCGAUGGCGUUUUUUUGAAGUUUGAUAGAUUUUCCAUUGAUAAUGCCACUUGCAACAGACAAAGAUUUUUGUAUCUUUUAUUGUUUUCCUCAUUUCUUGUUGGAAGCCAUAUGUUCUGUUUGAAUUGAGAUGCUGCUGGUCAGAAUACAUAUGUUUAGAAAAUGAAGAUGAUAUUACAAAAAUGUUGAAGUCAAAAUGUUUUUGUAGGUCAGCAAAAACAUACUGUGCAUGGAAGACAGCACCAUUCUUUGUCUCACAGCUUUCUCUAGUUGUGACUUUAUUUUUUUUAAUGAGUCUUUGUCCUGGACCCUCCAAUUGCCUAUAAAUGUUGACAAAACUUGAAUAUAAGUUUUUUUUUCCUUUGUAAUAUCUUUGUAAUAACACACAUUCUUAGAUAAAUUCACAUCUUGUUCAACUUUAAGAUGUUUUGACCAAUAUGAAGAAGAUCUCUUGUGGCAUUAUUUUGAAAAUUACAUCAAUCUGAUUUUUCAUGGCAACAAACAAAGAAGCCAACUUAUUAUUCAGCUCCAUUUCAGCACUGUGUCAAAACCAAUCAACUUUACAGUUAGAGUACUUGAAACAAUUCUCUGAUUGUUUAUGUGUGACAUAAACAUCCAAAUGACACUAUCCCUCUGUGGAUAACAAUAAAUUCCAUUUCUAUUCUGGUCUUUUCAAGAGAUUUAUUUUUGUUCAAGCCAGCUGAAACAUUGUCAAAGAUUCAUAAUUUCUCCCUCUUUCCCUCUAAUGAUUACAAUCCCAGGAGCCUUUUUUCUUCUAUCUACAGCAGCAGCUGACUUGUCUGUAUCGCCUCCUAAAUCUCCUCUGAAAACCUCUUGUGAAAUCCAGCAUAUUUAUUUCAGUUAUUUUGUAAUGUAUUAUUUGGGCUGUAUAAUUGUGAUGAAUUAUUUAUUAACAUUUAUUGCUGUAAAUUCUGAUGAAGAUUUACAUUAAAAUAUUUGUAAAAUGUAUUUCUUUGUCUCCUUUUGUGUGUUCCUGCGUGUCUGAUGAGUACAGUACAUAAAGCUCCUGUGAAGAGGUUACUAAUACAUUAAUGCUAAUGCAACAUCCUACAAAUACAAACAAGAUAAUCAGGAAUAAGAGUGGUUAAUUGUAAUUUUGUGACUUUUAAAUCCUCCAACCACUGCCACAGACAAUCACAUGAAGAGACAGAUUUUUCUUUUGCUUUAUACUGAAAAUAUUUAUAGAAUGAUCAAUCAAGUAUGAAAAAAAUCAAGAAGAGAUUUGUUACUCAGAUAUAGGGGUGCACCCCAUUUUUCAGACAAAGUAGGAGUAGAUGUACUGACAUUUGGGUUACUGAUAACAAGUACAAAUAUAAGCACUUAAUAAUGUCAUAAAUGCUCUUUAAAUUAUUUUGAAAGUUUAUUUUCAUCAAUGUUCUUUAUCCCUCCUCUUGAAAAAUGAUCAGUUCAUAGUUUUAAUCUCCUCUACCCUUUUCAUCCUCAUUUAUGUUUAAACAUCAACAAAAUGCAGGCAUGGCCCCAACUUUGACUACAUGCUCUCAUACCACCUACAAUGAUCUGCUAUGUUCUAUGAGUUAGAGCAUGAGUACUGAGGCUACAUAUAGGCACAGAUGCCUGAAGAGGAUUAUACUUGCAGACCAUACAUCUCAGACAGUCUCUCUUGAAGAAAGCUCAAGUGAGACGUCUCCGACAGAAUGGAAAUAGACGCAAAAAAUUUUGGAGAAAAAAAAAUUUAAACUUCUGUUUUGGGUUAGAUAAAGGUCAAGGUAAUGUUUAGGGUACCAAAAGCUAAAAACACAAGUGGCAAAACCUGGACACAUUUUGUAAAGCCAAGUAAACAGCCUGCUAACAGGAAAAGAGCUUGUCCUCCAUGAAA